UUGGAUAUUCAAGUCACCGCCUAAUCAGCACCACCAACACACAAGAAGUAAUAGACAGGCUCAAAAAGGCCAUAUCAUUCUACAUCUUAUUAUGAACACUGUUGAUAGACUUCUUAUCAGCAAUGCAUAAUGCCUAAACGUGAAGGUCCUGAAGAUGGCGGUCUACUACGACCGCCAGGAUCAUCUUCAAGGUCAAGGCCUACAAGUGCAGGUAAUCAAAGAGGUCCUUAUUCUGGUAAUGCAGCUUUUGCAAGUUCUUCAUCUUCUGUAAAUAGCAUCUUACGUCCUGCAGAUGCUUCAACAGCAGCAAUCAUUCAAAAUCCUACUGCUGCCAACCAAGUUGGAGGAGGUCCGGUUGAUGCUACAGAAGCUCCCUUUCUCACCUCUUUGGAAGCGCAUUUUGGCAGAAUGACCUUGACUGCACCUGAUAAUAUGCUAAGACGAAAGCAAGAAGAGAAGGAAAAGAGACAAAAAGCUCGUAAACGUAAAGCAGAAAGAGCCGAAGCUGCAAUCUUGGCAUUGAGUGGAGUUACGGACACUACCGGUCAAAGAUCAGUGACACCCACUCAAAUCUCCAAUACAGCCAUUCCCAAUACAGUUUACACAACUGAAAUAUUGGGAACAGCAAGACGGCGACCAGGCUUAACAGCAUCUCGAUCAUCUUCCAACCUGCAAACAAUCACAAGUACUAAUGCUAACGAAACUCUACGAUCAAGAUCUCCAACCCGUCCACCUCGACCGCAUAGCGCACAAAAUGCUACAAGGAGCGAUACAAGCCCGGAAAGGAGACCUUCUGCAACUAUAGCUACUGGCACUGCCUCGGGCAGUAAUGGUGCAACGAGACCUGCGACGUCUCAAGAAACAAGAAAGGUCAGAAGGAAACAGAGACCGCAGCGACAAGCUCAAGGUGCAACAUCUGGCGAAGAACACGCUGUCCAUACACAAAAUGUAUCUUCACCUAGACGCAAUCAAAGGACGGCAUCUGGCGGAGCAGCUCGAUCGGCAGUACGAGCAGAAGCACUGAGGAGAGCGACACAACGGAGGCGUGAUAUCUACGCUGACUUAUCUACGAUGGGUCUACCGGGAGCUUCCGACUCAGAACCUGAAGAAGGUCCUCCUCCAUUUCCUGCGAAUGCUACAAGGCCAAUCUCGCCUCCUCAGCUACCGGUAGAUGGCGAAGAAUGGACCGAAGAGAUGCGAAGACGACAAGAAGAAUACUUUACAAACAAACCACCUGACAGUCCUCCUCCAGCAUUUCGUAGUGAAGAUGAAGAUGCAGGGCCGUCUCAUACUGGAAGACGUGGAAAUGCGGACGACAGAAGCAUUUCGACAGAUGAAGAUAGCGAUAAUCAACUUGAUGAAAGCAUCAGUGAGGAAAGAAGGUUAUGGGAAGAAGAUGUUGCUGCAGGAUUUACAUUCGAAGAGCGUCUGGAGCGCGAAAGACAGAGAAGGUCAGAAUCUGAAAGAGAUACUUCUACCCCGCAAGCAUUGCCGAAUCUCAGUCUGGGACAGGCAGUCAUGGCAGCUCGUGCACGUCGAAAUGCUCCAGAGGAGCGGACAAGUGUUCCUGUAGAACCCACAAAUCCGGAACCAGAGAGCUCAAUCCAGCAAACUUUACGCAAAACAGCACAUCGUCGAACAGCAUCUGAAGGAAAGGAUGAGGCCAAUCAGCCUCCGGUACAGGAAAGACAUGCAAGCCGAAAUGCAGCUGUGGGAACCGGAAGAGGUCUAGGGGAACAGAAUGAGAGAGAAGUGCUCAAUCAUCACGGAAAAGUGACAAAGAUUCGACCAAGGCCGGCCAGCGAAUCUCAUUCACGCUUUCGUGAUGAUGCUUCUGCUGCCGCAAACCGUAGACUUGCCCUUUGGGCUUCUGCAAAAGCUCAGGCAAGUGGUGUACAAGCACAGUCAGCUGCUGGUCCUUCGUCGAUGUUGCGAUCAAGUAGCGAGAAUCAAGCAACAACACCAGAACUACAAUCUAUCAUGUCAGAAAUGAGCGAGCAAAGUUCACGACAAAGACCUGAACGUAAACAGACUUCUUCGAGCAGUGGUGUGGAUGAAGGACCGGAAUCAUCCGAUUCGGAAGCAGAAUGGGCAAAAGAAGAAAAGCAGUUCAAACGAAUGCAACGAAAAGCUUCACAAAAUGCACAAGCAAUCGUUGAUUCGUCUGAUGAGGAAGAUGCAGGCUCAGAUGUGGAAGCGAGUAUGCCUGGAGCUUUGCAUAGCGAGCGCAGUAGACGUGCACCUGUUCAACUUCCUGAACUGGGCAAAGUUGGAUCAAGCGUACCAAGAGCACCACCACCGUUGGUAUUGGGUCGAUCACGCGGAGGAGCAGCGUUUGACAGUAGCAGUGAAAGCAGUAGCGAAAGUGAUGUGAAUCGAAUGGAGGAAGAUGAAGACUCUAAUUCAGACUCACCUCCUGAGGCUGACGACGGUCCCAGUGCACCCAAAACAGAAGGAGAAAUUACAGAGACAACGAUCGACAAAGGUAAACAGCCAGUUCGACCGCUUCCAAAUCUUCCUUCAAGCGAAUCUGUGGUCCACUACAGUACUAGUGAAGGUGAUGUGAAUAGCAUUCGCGCUGGAAUGUUUGAAGAAGACGGUGCGAGCAGUAGAGAUUUCACCGAUGAAGAGGGAAAUGAUGAUUUCCAAAAUACAUCUUCCACCUUACAUGCCGAUCGACCUGCCGUGCAAAAUCGUCUCAAAGACUUAUUUGCUGCACGUUUAUCACCUUCAGAAUUAGGUGAGCCUUCAACAUCUCAAAGUGCAUCUCGUGCCUCGCUUGAACGAUUGUUUGACGUACCUAUUGAUGGAAGAGCAGGACAAUUGAAUGACGACGCUCGUAGACCCUCGAUGACUGAACAGCUGCCGCACGACACACGUCAAGCAAGUGCAGAGACCAGUUCUCGGCCACAGUGGGCGAAUGAUGCAAGUUCUAUAAGAAACAGACAAACCAUUGACUUUACCCGUACAACUCCAAGGAUGGAAUCGAUGAAUGAACAGCAAGCACGUAAAGAGGCUUUAAACUCACUUUCUCAAUUGCAGCGCAAUCAAGAUUCACUGCCCGCUGGUGUCGAUCGUGAUUCUUUGGCAGCUUUGGAAAGAUUGUUGGCUCGUACGACUCCUUCAAACGCUCGAGCAACAACCUCAAAUGGAUCUGAGCCGCUCAUGGCCGAACCGAGUAAGUUGAUGCGAUCAGGCGCAAUCGGAAAUCGUCAAAUGACAUCCUCUUCUUUUUCAAACCCAAGAAGCAUCAAUGCACCUAGACCUUUGGGUAGAUUGCCUACAAUCACAGAUGCAACUCGACAUUUUCCACCUUCGCAAGCACGUAGGAUGGAAGAAGAAUCUUCACGAAUGCAAAAUAUAUCCCGUCGUCCUGCUUCGAUGAUGGGAACACCAAGCUGGAUGGCAUACAUACCCCAACAAGAAAGGGCAAGGUUGCCCAAUCCAAUGCAGCCAGACGUACGUUUACACGAAGGUGGGGAGAACGUCGAUGUACCACCACGUAAUCCUUCACCUACACGCGGCAGUAGAAUACAAGCAAUGGUGAAUCGUUUUGAACAAAAUGCAGGCUCUGACCGUGAUUCAAUGGAAAGAAGACCAUCUUCGCCAACGAAAAACCAACCGGAUUUGCAAAGACAGUCAUCGCAAUCUUCUUUAUCUCGUGUAAGUAGCGAGCAGCCCCAAGCGAGAGAAGAGCCGUUGAGAAGGCGACCGCCACCCCCUCCACCACUAUUUGGACAACGUAGAAAUGGAUCAAUAUCUCGAGUGGCAUCAAACGAAGAGCAACAGCCGCCUGUACAACUAUCCCACAGCUCUUCACAAGCUUCAAUGGCACGAGCUUUGCAUACUAUUGCAGUUGAACGACAAAGACAACUUUCCAGUAGCAGUAGUUCUGCUGGCUCUUCUGCUUUCAAUUCGCCUGUUUUGCCUCCUAGGCCUACUUUCUCGGUCAAUUCGGGAGCUGCACAACAACCACCACAACUUCCACCCCGAUUUGGUGGCUUCCCUGAACGUCAACGAUCACGACCUUUACCUAUACCCCCGAACAUCUUGCCAAAUGAGCGGACAGAAACACCCUCUCCUCCCGCUGUGCCACGAAGGGUGUCUGAGCAAUUGCGACAGGAGAUCCGUGAAGCCAGCCCAGUGCCCAGUCAAGAUCGUGUAGAGACACCAGAACCACCAGUGCAAGAUGUGGGAGAAGAAGUGCAGCGCGAUUCACCGGUGAAUGAUACCAUUGUUGAAGAGACGGAUAAUACACCUUCACCAACCGCCUCCAACAGUGUAGCUGAACAGCCUUCGCAAAACAAUCCAAGACGUAUUGCUUCACUUGGUAUUACGGAUUUGGAUAUUUUCGCAUCAAGACUUGCGGAAGAAAGGUUGAGGAACACAUCCGGUUCAGGCGGAGAUGGACAAGAAAAUGGUGAAGAAGACGAUGGACAAGAACAAGGCAGGGAUACGUAUGACGAUUUACAUCUUUUAGCUGAAUUCUUAGGUCCUGCAAAAGCGCCCGGAUUAACGCAAGAUGAAAUGGAACGUUUGCCAGUCGGAAAAGUUGAAGUUUUACGAAGAAGAAUUGUGGGUAAACGUGAAGAUGGAAGGGAUAAAGUCAAACUAGCUUUAGCCGUUGCGGGUGUUAAAGUGGAAAGGUGUGCUGUUUGUUUGGUUCAAUUCAAAGAAGGUAAUCUGGCUUGCGUAUUUCCUUGUUUGCACGUUUUGCAUGAACAAUGUGCUGCAAAACUUUUGCGAAAUACCAAACAAUGUCCAACAUGUCGAUCCGACGUUGUGUAAAUCAGCAUUCUUACGACCCAAGCAAAGCAUUGUAUUUAUAUUUUUGCACUAUAUUUAACCAAAAUUAAUGAUGAUAACGAUCACAC